AUGGCAUUUAUACGGUUCGAUCUGGUUACUGGUUGGCAACUCAUAGACCAGAUGAGUAGAAAUAUACUAAUAUUUCAAGAAGAUGUCUUGAUAGAGAUAUUCAUCAGAGUUCCAAUAUCAGACUGGGAACAUAUCUCCUCCGUUAGAAAGCAGUGGGCUGAUUUGUUCCGUGGAGAAUGCUUAUGGCAAGCUGCUCUUAACCGGGCGUAUCCUCAUGCUAGCAGAACUCAGAGAUGGACUGGACCGAUACGCCAAGGAUCAAGCAAACGGAGAUUUAUGGCUUUAUACAUCAGCAAAAACAUAUUAGGUGUGGAUACAGACAUAGAUGAAAUGCUUGGACAUAUUUACUUAUUCUUGAAAGAUCAGCUUCAGCUUUCAACUGCUCCUGCUUCAGGAGUCCUGCACGGAACCAUGAUCGACCAAUUGAUUGUUAGUGGCAAAUCAAAAGAAGAAGCUGAUGAGGUCGUUACAAAGAUCUGGCUGGCUCUUCUCGACAACUUAGAGGACACUAAACAUACAUUUCUUGUUCUGAAGUCCAUUGCACAAGAAUAUGAUGGGUUUCUUCCGUAUCCAUAUUCAAGACCGAUCAAAGUACAAUGGAAAGUGUUUGAGAAACUGUUUGUGGACUUCGGCGACUUGUUGUUUGAUCAUUCAGAGUACUGCGACUUAAUAGGAAUCGCCAAGAAGAAGUUUCCGACAUUACCUCAUCUUUGCUAGCAACAAACCCAACUUCUUCAAAAAAUGAUUCUCACGGAAGUGAUAACGUUUCUCGCUCUCUUCGUCCUCUCUACCUCACCGUCCUUGGCGCAGGCCAAAGAUGGUGGACACGUGUCGUUACUCGUCUCCGAAACGGGUCUCGAGUUAGCCAAAGACUUCCUCAUCCACAAGAUGAUAUCCACGACGCUUCCGCUUCAGCUACCUGAGAUCGAGAAGAAGGUGAAGAUCCCUUUGAUAGGGAAAGUGCGGAUGGGUCUGUCGAAUAUCAAGAUAUACGCGGUUGAUGUUCACUCGUCGAGGGUCGAGACCGGAGGAGAUGGAAUCGUCUUGAGUGUUUCGGGGGCGACGGCAGAUGUGAGCAUGGAUUGGUCGUAUGCUUACAAAGCUUCCUUCUUUCAUAUUGCUGAUCAUGGAGUUGCUUCUGUUAAGGUUAAAGGAAUGGAUUUGAGAAGCAGUGUCAGUUUGGUUGGUGAAAAUGGAAGUCUAAAGAUUGCUUCAAGGGAUAGUGAUUGUAAAGUGAAGAGCAUUGGUAUUCAUAUCAACGGUGGUGCUUCUUGGCUAUACCAAGGGGUGGUUGAUGCGUUUGAGAAGAAGAUUAUUUCAACUGUUGAAGAGACUGUUUCUAAUAAGAUAUUGGAGAAGAUGAAGAAGCUUGAUGCUAAGUUGCAAUCACUUCCAAAAGAGGGAAAGAUUGAUGACGAUGUUGCAGUGAACCUCACUUUUACAGGAAGCCCAGUGUUGGAUGAUUCUUCUGUUGAAGUUGGAAUCAAUGGUUUGUUCAUGGCAAAUGGCGAUGGUGGUAAAAAAGUUUCAGGAUCUAUUUCUUCUUUCUCGACUCCCAGGGUUAAAAGAAUGGUGGGAAUUUCCAUAGAAGAAGAAGUUUUCAACUCUGCAACACUUGUCUACUUCAUUGCAAAGAGGAUGCAUGUGGAUAUCCAGGAAACGAAGAACGGGUCGACUCUAAGCACAUCAGACUGGAAACUCAUACUUCCAGAGCUCUACAAACAAUAUCCAAAUGUUAAAAUGAUGCUUAACAUGACGGUGACGUCUCCGCCUGCUGUUAACAUCAGAAAGAAUGGCAUUGAUGCAAUCAUUGAUCUAGAGAUAUCAAUCGAUGUCCAAAACUCUGGAGCUGUCCUAUCUGUAGCACGCAUAUCAGUGGUUCUGGAUGUUGGAGGUACUGCAGAAAUAGCAGAGAACAAUUUAGCAGGUAGCCUCAGAUUAAAAGGUUUCAAUGCAACAAUGACGUGGAGUAAACUUGGAGAUCUUCAAGCAAACUAUAUUCAGGAUGUAGUGUCGACGAUUCUUGAAUCCUUGUUUCUGCCGUACGUAAACACACGCCUUAAGAGAGGUUUCCCUUUGCCGUUUACGCACGGUUUCAAGAUCAAAAACACAGAGAUUGUCUAUGUUGAAAAUGGCGUAAUGGUCUGCAGUGAUGUCGCCUUUGGUUAGAUAUGAACGGCCUCUCAAGUUUAUUGAUACUAGUGAAGCUGUCGCUAUUUCUGUAAAAAACUGCGUUGUAAGUUUGUAAGACUUAGCAUGUAUAUAUAUAUAUAUAUAUAUCUCUCAGAUACUAGUUUGAAGUCCCUAUGUUAUUUGUUGCAUACAUGUUAAAACAACAUUUACAUUUAUACUGUUUAUAAU